AUGGAUCCAUCGAUACACAUAAACCCUGAUCUAAGAAACCUUAACAGUGGCAAUACAAACUCUGGUUUGCAAACUGCAAUGGAUCGUCUGUCCUCGGGCUUUAGAUUAAACAAUCAACAAGAUGACGUGGUAGAGGGAAGCUCUGGUCUUUCGAACACGGAAAGACAUGACCUGAAUGUGGCAGUGCGUAACUUGACUGACCUUCUGUCGAUGAUACAGACCGCUGAAAGUGCGCUAACUGAGAUUAAUGAUGUUCUGGAACGUAUGCACGAUUUAUCUGUACAAUCUGAAAACUCCCAUGACCGCAAUGCACCUCAAAAAGAAGUUAUCAAUUUGAAAGAGCAGCUCAACCGUCUUGCAGAAACAACAACAUACAACAGCCAACAUCUGCUCGAUGGUAGUUAUGGAAAACAACGUUUUACCGUUGGUGCUGACAGUAAUGAAUACAUAGAAAUAACACUGAAUGACACGCGCUCGUCCAACAGCAACAUUGGGCUUGAUAUGAUUGACGUGACAAACACGACGAAAGCAAAAGAGGCUGUGGCAAGCAUUAAUGUAGCAUUGACCUACGUCAAUAAUCAACGCAAAGAGUUGAACGAAAUACAGAAUCGCGUUGAAAGAAGUAUAAGAAACUUGAGCAAUGACGAUGGGAAUGUGAAUUCAAACAUUGCGUUUAACAAUUUUGGAGAAAAUGACGCUCAGAAAAACAAAUUAUUGAUUAUGCAGUCCCAAGCAACAGCGCAAGCAGGAGCUCCAAACGUACCAUUUAAUCUGUUGGGGUAA